ACGACAUCUACUCUGAUCUCUAUGAUUUUGUGUCUAUGCUUCAAAGAAAAAUUUUCUUUGUAAUCUGUGGGUGAAUUUUGCCCGAUUGCCAACAUUUUUUGUAGUGAGGAUUUUCCAUUAUAUUUCCCUUGAAAAUUUCCUGAUUUCUUGAAAUUCAUAGAACAAAAUGUUCGGCGUAAUCGGAAAUUUAGCCCCAGUUGUGGCCCAAAAUGCUCAAAUUUCGCAACAGCGGGGAAUGGCUACGCUGAAAGCCAUUUCCAUUAGAUUGAAAUCCGUUAAAAACAUCCAGAAAAUUACUCAGUCAAUGAAGAUGGUGUCGGCCGCUAAAUACAAUAGAGCUGAACGAGAACUGAAACAAGCUAGACCUAUUGGAGCUGGUUCAUCUCAAUUUUAUGAAAAGGCUGAAGUAACAGCUCCAACUGAUGUUCCCCAAAAAUUAUUCAUUGCUAUUUCAUCUGACAGAGGUUUAUGUGGAGCUAUCCAUUCCAAUGUAGCCCGUGUUAUUCGUGGUGAACUCAAUAAGGAUGAUCAAAACAUCAAGAUUGUAUGUGUUGGAGACAAAUCUAGGGCCCUUCUGGCUCGAGUAUAUGGAAAAAAUAUCAUCAUGGCAGCAAAUGAAAUUGGUCGUUUGCCCCCAACUUUCAAUGAUGCCUCAAUUUUAGCAGAUGCUAUUAUUUCAUCAGGAUAUAAAUUUGGUUCUGGAGAAAUUGUCUUCAAUCGGUUCAAGUCUGUUGUAUCUUAUAGCACCCAAACAUUGCCAGUUUUCAGUUUGAACUCUGUCCAGGCUGCACCAAAAUUAUCUAUUUAUGAUUCCCUUGAUGAUGAAGUUAUUCAGAGUUAUCUGGAAUUUUCACUUGCUUCACUUAUUUACUAUGCUCUCAAAGAGGGAGCUUGUAGUGAGCAAUCUUCCAGAAUGACAGCCAUGGACAAUGCAAGUAAAAAUGCAACUGAAGUCAUAGAUAAGUUGACUUUAGCGUUCAAUCGUACUAGACAAGCUGUUAUCACCCGAGAACUUAUUGAAAUUAUUUCUGGAGCUUCUGCCCUGUAGAACUCCUAAAUGAAACCUGAUUUAUCUAAUAGCUGGUACAUAAUUUCAUUUGGAGUUAUAUAAAAGUUUGAGAAGAAUUAAAUGUAAGCCCAAAGUCACUAACUAACAUCUGUUUUUCAAUUCUUAAUGAACUUUUUUAUUAUGUUCAAUGGAAUGGACUGUAUUGAAAUAUAAGUAAAAAUGGUUAUA